AUGGGUUCCACUAAACCCGAGAAGGCGGAGAAGAAAGAGAAGAAGGACAAAAAGCGCGCCGAGUCGGACGGUGUAGUUAAGAAGGAGAAGAAAGACAAGAAGGAAAAGAAGGACAAGAAGGACAAGAUCAAGAGUGCCGUUCUCAAUGCCGCCCUCGACGACAAGCUGCAGGCCGACGCCGCUGCCUCAGUCGAGACCGCACCCGCAGUGACCGAGGUCGAGAUGAGCGACGAGGAUGGCGAAAAGACACUCAAGCCCGUCGUCGGUGCGCUGGUGCCGUUUGCGAAGCCGCUUGCCGAUGAGAAGGCGACCAAGAAGGUGUUGAAGAGUGUGCGGAAAGCGGCAAAACACAAGACCCUCAAGCGCGGCGUCAAGGAAGUCGUCAAGUCCCUGCGGAAGGCCCCCGCAUCUGGCCCGACCAACCAGGCCUUCCCAGGCGUCGUGAUCCUCGCCGGCGACAUCAGCCCCAUGGACGUCAUCAGCCACAUCCCCGUGCUGUGCGAAGAACACAACGUGCCUUAUAUCUUCGUGACCUCGCGUGCGGAGCUGGGAGCCGCCGGCAGCACCAAGCGCCCGACGAGUGUCGUCAUGGUGACGGAGAAGCGGACGGGCGGCAAGAAGGGCGAGGAGGCCGUGGCCGAGGGCGAGGCCGAGGAGUUCGCUGAGGUUUACAAGGAUCUGGUUAAGCUGGUGCAGAAGGAGGAGAAGCAUCAGCUCAAGUUCGCUUAA